GGAAAUCACAUGUGCAUCAAAAUAAGAGAGUUAUAUUUUAACUAUCGUUUAAGACGGUACGAAAAGAAGACGACAGGCAGUAAAAAAAAGAGAGAAGGAAGAAGUGAGUGUUACACAAUUCAUUCAGAUAAGCGUGAAAAAGUAAUUUUUUUAUAAAAAGAGAAAUAUAAACAUUUUGCAAAAAAAAGGAAAGAAAGAAAAAUAUAGUUAAAUUAAGUAUUAAAUAACUUGUAAGUUAGUGCCAAGAGAAAUAAAAUUGUACAGUUAUCAUAUCGACAUAAAAUACAUCAUACAGUUGCAAAUCAAAGUUAAUUAAUUAUCAACUGAAAGGAAAACACCGAAAAAAGAAGAGACGAAUAAAUAUAUAUAAAAAGAAAUUGACUCAAUCCAAUAUUAUACUAUUCAUUAUAUCAGCAUGUCUUGGCCAUCGGAUGUCGGUAUUUUGGGCAUUGAAUUAGUGUUUCCAUCAUUAUACAUUGAUCAGACGGAAUUAGAACAGUUUGAUGGGGUUUCUGCUGGAAAAUAUACAGUUGGUCUUGGACAAUCCAAAAUGGGAUUCUGUACAGAUCGUGAGGACAUUAAUUCAUUAUGUCUGACUGUUGUCAGUAACUUACUUAAGCGCUACAAUGUAAAUCCAAAAGAUAUUGGACGUUUGGAAGUUGGAACUGAGACAAUAAUUGAUAAAUCAAAGUCCGUUAAGUCAGUGCUGAUGCAAUUGUUUGAUGAAUAUGGUGCGACUGACCUUGAAGGAAUUGAUACAACUAAUGCAUGUUACGGCGGGACCGCUGCAUUAUUUAAUGCUAUCAAUUGGAUUGAAUCAUCAAGCUAUGAUGGACGUUUAGCUUUAGUUGUUUGUGGUGACAUUGCUGUUUAUGCAAAAGGUUCUGCAAGACCGACUGGAGGUGCUGGAGCGAUUGCUAUGCUUAUAGGCCCAAAUGCACCAUUAGUUUUUGAUCGUAAAGUAAGAGCAACUUAUAUGAAACAUGCUUAUGACUUUUAUAAGCCAGACUUGACAUCAGAAUUCCCAGUCGUCGAUGGAAAAUUGUCAAUUCAGUGCUAUUUGAGUGCACUUGAUAGCUGCUAUCGACUUUAUUGUGAAAAGUAUCAAAAACAAAAUCCAGGAGCUAAAGUUCUUGGCCUAAAUCAAUUUGAUGCUCUCGUAUUUCACACACCGUACUGUAAGCUUGUACAGAAAUCUUUAGGGCGUGUAAGUCUGAACGAUUUUGUUUUAACUACGGAUCCGGAACAGAGGAAAGAAUUGUAUCCAGCAAUUUAUGAAAAAUACGAAUCCAUUAAGCUUGAGGAAACGUAUUUUGAUCGAGAUGUCGAAAAAUUAUUUAUGGAUUACUCAAAGGACAUAUUUAAUAAGAAGACCAAACCAUCACUGUUGCUUGCCAAUCAAGUUGGAAAUAUGUACACACCAUCAGUUUACUCAGGUUUAGUAUCAUAUCUUAUAAGUGCUGAUGAGGAUGUCAAUAAGCUUCUAGGUAAACACAUUGGUGUCUUUUCGUAUGGCUCAGGAUUAGCAUCUACAAUGUACUCAAUUAGUGUAACAAAUGAUUGUACAAAACUUCAACCAUUACUUGAUAAGCUUAAUUAUGUUAAACCGUUGCUCGAACAAAGAAUAAAAAUUUCACCGCAAGAAUUUACAGAAUUAAUGGAAGUACGUGUUCAUAAUUCACAUCGUACGAAUUUCGAGCCAAGCGGUGCAAUUGAUAGACUAUUCCCCGGUACUUACUAUUUAAAAUAUGUUGAUGAUAUGCAUCGACGAACUUAUGAGAAACGAGAAUGAAAACAUCAUUAAAUCAAUUACCUAAUUUUUUGAGGAUUAACUCUCUUUUUUGUUAGUAUUUUUUUGGUAUUUUUAUGGUUUUGGUUUCAAACAAGCAGCAAGCUACAAAGAUGAUGAAGAAGAAACUGUUCUUUCCUUUCUUUCUUUUAUUAUUCUGCUAAUAAUAGUAGAUAUCUCAUUACUGGGUCAGUUAUUAUUUAUGUAGAUGUUAUUAUUGUUAUGUUACAGACAAGGCAAGUGGCAAAUUAAUGACAGUUUAGUAAUUAUUAAUGAUUUUUUUUUAUUAUGCUUAAAUACUUAAUUUGUAGUUGAACUAAUAGGCAUUUGCAUGAUUCUUGAGACUAGGGUUUCUGUGGGAAAUCUCUGGAGCUUUUUAACAGAAUUUUAGACUAACACUUGACAAACGAACUUAAUUUUUUGAAGUAUUACACAUCACUUCUUGAUCAUACAACUUCAGAUUCCAGUUGCAGAAACCCUAGACACUCAAUUCUUCCCAAUAAACAUGAUACAAUAAGCUUCGAUUGUAUUAUCUUUUUCGUUUAGAAAAACAAAAUUUUAAGUUCCCCCGAACUGCCUGCAAAUACUUCAAAUGAGCGCAAAAAACUAAAUUCUAAGCAUCAUAAAAUUGAAAAUAAAUUAUUAAAUUAUGUAAAGAAGAUAUAAAGUCGUAAAAACGUGCAGACGUGGCACUUUUCAUAGAAUUGGUUGUAUUGUU